AUGGGAUUGGAUGGCUUUUUGCAUAUGUUGAUUAUGGAUAACUUCAUCCAUGCGGAUCUUCACCCCGGAAACAUUAUGGUUCGCUUCCACAAACCCGAACCCCCCAGUCUUAUAUCCAGGUUCUCGAUGCUCGUCCCCACUUCCGAGGGCGAAAGGAAUAUAAACAACCACAAAGAAGUUACGGAUGCUGUUCUCUCACGACUAAGCCCCUAUUAUCGAAAUCCAGAAAGGUGGGUAGAAGAAUUGAACCGUCUUGAUGCUGAAGGAUACAGGCCUCAACUCGUGUUUAUCGAUACGGGUCUAGUAACCGAACUUAACGCAAAAAAUCGGCAUAAUUUUCUUGAUCUUUUCCGCGCCGUCGCCGAAUUCGAUGGAUACCGUGCAGGCCACCUCAUGAUUGAGAGAAGCAGGGCUCCUUCUGCCGUUAUUGACAAAGAGAUAUUCGCACUUAAGAUGCAGCAUCUCGUCCUUGCAGUCAAAACUCGUACACUAUCUUUAGGAAACAUCACGAUCGGUGAUAUUCUUUCCGAGGUACUCCAAAUGGUUCGUGUGCACCAUGUGCGUAUGGAGGGCGAUUUCAUCAAUGUUAUAUUAUCGAUCCUACUUCUCGAAGGGAUUGGGCGUAGUCUAGAUCCGGGAAUGGACCUGCUGAAAAGUUCUCUACCCAUGUUGAGAUCUAUUGGAGCUGGGAGCGGUGCAGGUAUCCUAGGAGGUAACGAGGCGGGCAGAGGCGCCGAUUUGAGCUUUUUGAAGGUUUGGUUGGGGCUUGAAAUGAGGCAAUUCUUAAACAACUCGAUAGAAAGUGUGGAGAAUUUGGUGAAGUAUGACUUACUGAGUCCAAAUAUAUAG